CACCACAACAAACACGCGGGCGGACAAGAGUGGGUGUGUGCGGCUUGUGCGUACUCAUUUCAUUUGUGACAACCAAUUUCGCCGCACCCAACAUGUAUCAAGGGUCAGCUAUAAAGGAUGGGGAGUAUACGAAAACCGUGUACUCGAUGAUAAAGGAACAGCGGUAUAUUGAUGCCAUUCAAGUUCUCAAUGGUAUCCUUGAAACCAACAGAAAUUCUCGUGCUGGUCUCUCCUUGUUGGCUUACAGCUAUUUCCACUCACAAGAUUUUGUCAACGCUGCCAAUUGUUAUGAACAGCUGACAUUGCUUUUACCUGAACACGUUGAGUAUCGCCUAUAUUAUGCUCAGGCUUUACAUCAAGCAUGUUUAUACCAAGAAGCAAUGAAAGUUACCGCUCAAAUAGAGCAUCCUGAUUUCCAAGCAAGGGUCACCAAGCUAAAAGCUGCCAUUCGAUAUGGGGAAGAAGAUUUGGCGGGGGCCAAAAGCCUUGUGGACAGCUGUCCCUCUGAUGAUCCGGACACAGAUGUCAAUCUUGGAUGCUUACUAUUUAAAGAAGGACGGUAUGAAGAUGCUCUUCAAAAGUUCACUGUUGCUCAGCAAAUGCUUGGAUACACUCCUCAUUUAUCUUACAAUGCAGCACUAUGCUGCUAUCGUCUCCAUGAGUACACAAGCGCUCUAAAGCACAUUGCUGACAUAAUUGAGAGAGGUAUCCGUGAGCAUCCUGAACUUAGUGUCGGCAUGGCUACAGAAGGAAUUGAAGUUAGAAGUGUGGGCAAUACACUCACAUUGCAUGAUACAGCUCUGAUUGAAGCAUUUAAUUUAAAAGCAGCUAUUGAGUACCAACUUAAAAACUAUGAGGCAGCUAGAGAAGCACUGACAGACAUGCCACCAAGAGCAGAAGAAGAACUGGAUGCAGUCACCCUUCACAAUCAGGCUUUGAUGAAUAUGGACAGCAGAGCUUCCGAAGGAUUUGAAAAAUUACAAUUCUUGCUGCAGCAAAAUCCUUUUCCUCCAGAAACAUUGGCGAAUCUUCUACUACUCUAUUGUCAGUAUGAAUAUCACCACCUUGCAGCAGAUGUUCUCGCAGACUAUCAGCAUCUAACACCGAAAUAUCUUUCAACUUACCUAUAUGAUUUUCUCGAUGCACUGAUGCUCCAACAUUCUGCUCCUGAAGAGGCCUACCGAAAACUUGAUGAUAUAGCAUCAAGACACACUGAAGCUCUUCGAAAACUCACAAAGCGAGUACAAGAAGCACGUCAAAAUCAUGAUGAUGAAGCAGUCAAAAGAGUUGUCACGGAGUAUGAAGAUACUCUAGAAAGGUACAUACCAGUUUUAAUGGCCCAGGCAAGAAUUUAUUGGGAUCGUGAAAAUUAUGCUCAAGUAGAGAAAAUUUUCAGAAAGUCAGUAGAGUUUUGCAAUGAUAACGACACAUGGAAAUUAAAUGUAGCUCAUGUAUUGUUUAUGCAAGAAACAAAAUUUAAGGAGGCUACUGGAUUUUAUGAGCCUAUAGUGAAGAAGCACUAUGACAAUAUAUUGAAUGUGAGUGCAGUUGUGUUGGCAAAUUUGUGUGUCUCCUACAUAAUGACAUCACAAAAUGAAGAAGCUGAGGAGAUGAUGAGAAAAAUAGAGAAGGAAGAGGAACAAUUAUCUUUUGAAGAACCAGACAAAAAAUUGUUUCACCUCUGUAUAGUUAAUUUGGUGAUUGGAACACUGUACUGCUCCAAAGGCAACUUUGAAUUUGGUAUUUCAAGAGUCAUCAAAAGCUUGGAGCCAUAUCACAAAAAGUUGGGAACUGAUACUUGGUUUUAUGCUAAACGCUGUUUUCUAUCAUUGAUAGAAAAUUUGGCAAAGCAUAUGAUGGUUGUAAGGGAUUCAGUAAUUCAAGAUUGUAUCCAAUUCUUGGAACAGUGUGAGGCACAUGGCCGUGAUGUUCCAACUAUUGUCGAGGCCCCUCUUGAAGACCUCAGCGUCUAUCAAGGACGCAAAACAGUAACAUAUGAAGCCAGGCUUUUGAAAGCUUUGAUGCUGCGUUUACAAAUGUACUAGAAAAUUUCUCAGAAACAGAAUUGAUUUGUGAUAUUUUUAUUAGAGGUGAAAACUAUUUUAUUUUAUUUUUUAGAAAAUGUUAAAUGUAAAAUAUUCUAUUUAUUUGUGCAUUGUAAGUAAAUUAAAAACCGGUUGUAA